AUGGCGUCGUCAAACGUGAACAUCUUGCUUUCAUCCUUCCCCGGCCUGUCGCUGCCGUCCACCGUCUCAUUCUCGCUGCCAUCAACCUCCAGCAUCUCGGACCUAACGGAGAAAGUUGCCUCAUACCUCCCAUCGACGCUUUCUCUACAGUCCCUCAUCCUUACAACAACCAACAACAAGCAAAUUACUCCAUCAGCAGACUCUUUGCAAUCUUUGAUCGUUCGCGAUGGCGCAUCCGUGGCCUCAAACCUCCUACCUGUCCGCCUCUCCGUCCCCAUGUGCGGUGGUAAGGGUGGUUUCGGAUCUCAGCUUCGUGCCGCCGGUGGUCGCAUGUCCAGCAAACGCAAGCGCAAUCAAGGCGACAACAACAGCUCCAGUCGUAAUCUGGAUGGGCGCCGUCUCCGUACCGUGGCCGAGGCCAAGUCACUCGCCGAAUACCUUGCUGUUAAGCCCGAGAUGGAUAAGAAGGAGAAGGAAGAACGUCGCCAACGAUGGCAAGCCGUGGUGGAGAUGGCCGAGAAGCGCCAGGAUGAGCUCAAGAGUGGCGGCGGAAGGGAGAAGAUCGAUGGUCAGUGGAUGGACGAUAAGGAGGAAAUGAAUGAGAAGGCGCGCGAGGCUGUUCUAUUGGCCAUGAAGGAUGGUUCAUGGACCGACAGCCUUCGCGAUGCAAUUUUGGGUGGCUCGAGCACCAGUGCCAGCGAGGGAAGUGAUCACAUGGAUUCGUCUACCUCUGAUGAGGAUGAGGAAGAAGACGAAAACGCCGUUUCCUCGAGCGCUGCCGGUCCUUCUGCGCCCACCCAGAAGUCUGCUCCCCGUCGCUUCAUUGGAUUCGACGAUGAUGAUGAAUUCAUGAGCGAUUCUGAAGAAGAGGAGGAACCAGAGCCCAAGGGUAAAGGCAAAGCACGCGCUUAA